UAAAAAUUUAAUCUCACCCUCCCUUGCCUUUCCUCUCUCUUCGUCACCAUGUUAUCUUUACAGGGCCAAUCCGAAAUCCUUUAAAAAUACGGGUCGAAUCUUCGGAAAGAUCCAAAUUCCGGAAUCCAAUAAUCUAACUAUUCAAGCUUGAAAAUUUCCGGCGUUGGAUCCUAGGGUUUCUGUCUCUUUGUAAUGGCGCAAGCGACGGGGAGGGAAAGAGUGGUAGGGAACUAUAUAGUAGGCCGGCAAAUCGGUUCGGGUUCGUUCUCGGUUGUUUGGCAUGCGAGGCACCGAGUUCAUGGAACCGAAGUGGCGAUAAAGGAGAUCGCAAUGGGUCGACUCAAUAAGAAGUUGCAGGAUAGUUUGAUGUCGGAGAUCUUUAUUUUGAGGAGAAUUAAUCAUCCUAAUAUUAUUCGCAUGCAUGAUAUUAUAGAGGUUCCUGGAAAGAUACAUCUUGUAUUGGAGUACUGCAAGGGGGGCGAUCUUUCUAUGUAUAUUACACGCCAUGGAAGUGUCUCUGAGGCAACUGCAAAGCAUUUCAUGCAGCAGCUAGCGGCUGGCCUACAAGUUCUCCGUGACAAUAAUCUUAUACAUCGGGAUCUAAAGCCUCAGAAUCUUCUAUUAUCAAGAAAUGAUAGCAAUGCAGUUUUAAAGAUUGCUGACUUUGGAUUUGCAAGAUCUCUGCAACCUAGGGGGCUUGCUGAAACAUUGUGUGGUUCACCGCUAUACAUGGCUCCAGAGAUAAUGCAGCUGCAGAAGUAUGAUGCAAAGGCAGAUCUCUGGAGUGUCGGUGCUAUUUUAUUUCAGCUCGUUACUGGGAAAACUCCAUUCACUGGAAACAAUCAAAUACAGUUACUCCAGAACAUUGUGAAAUCAACCGAAUUGCAUUUUCCUGUGGAGAACAAUUAUUUGACUGCUGAUUGCAAAGAUUUAUGUCGAAAAUUGCUUCGACGUAAUCCAGUGGAACGUUUAACAUUUGAAGAGUUCUUUAACCACCCAUUUCUUUCUCAGGGCCAACCAGAUGAGUCAUUGAGGAGUCAGAGAUUUUCAAGAACAGUGGCUGGUUAUCCUCUGUCUGAAAGCAAUCCUGUAAGGAAUACUGAGGACAGCUUUCAGGAGGACUGUCUCCCUUUCUUUCUGGAUGAUGAUUCUAGUGGUCCUGAAGGGAGCCCUUCCUCUGCAAUGAAGAGGUCCUCAAUGAAAUUUGCUUAUGGAUUUUCUCCUGAUGCAAAAGAUGCUAGUGAAGUAACAUCUAAUCCUUUGAAUAAAGUGGGUUUUACUUCCAAAUACAGUGGUACAAGACAUAAACCAGAAAAUACUAGUUUUAGGCUUGAAAGUCGCAAGGUUCCAGGUGAAACUCUGCAUGAACCUCAGAAAUCCAUGGAUCAAAGAUAUGUGAAUACUGGUUCAAGAGGUACCAGCAAUCUUAUUGGUGACUCACUGGAGUUGAUCGACCAAGAUUAUGUUCUUGUGUCUGGACCUCCCAUGGAUGUGUCAUGUUCUUCAGCUAGCACUUCCAAGCCAAACAAUAUCCCAUACAAAUCAGAGAGUCCACCUUUAAUCCCCUUUACAAAUAACAGCACAUCAACUGCCCCUGUGCCUAUUGUUGAUGCCACCAACAUUAACAUCUGUACUGUAGGAAGCUUGGAAAGUCAGAGCUCUGCCCCUGGGACUUCUCAAGGAUCAAUGGAUAUGGGAGAUGUUCUGGAACAGCCAUCAUCUCAUUGCAUGACGAGGAUAAAGUCAUUACAGCAGUGUGCAUCUGCUAUUACUGAAUUAGUGCAUGAAAAUAUUGAGGCAGGUAGACAACUUGAAGCAUUCUCAAUCCAGCUUGUGAUUCUUGCGAUUUGGAAGCAAGCAUUGCAUAUUUGCCAUGCACAGGCUGCAUCAGCAAUGGAAGGAAGUCCAAGCCAAGAAACGAGCAGAUUGAGGAGUGGCAGCAAGAAGCAUGGAACAUCUGAUACAGAAGAAUGUCAGGAUAUUUUCAGCCCUGAAGGGCCAGAGGAUAUAUCCGUAGAGAUAGAGAGGGAAUUUCUCCAGGAAGUUGAACAUGCUGAGGAACUUGCCAAGGUUAUUGAGCCUGGAAGAACAGAGAUGCCUGAUGCAAUGGAGACAAUAUUUCAAGCUGCCCUUGCUUUGGGAAGGCAUGGAGGGGUUGAUGAGCUUAUGGGUAAAAUGGAAAGGGCAGCUUUGUUGUAUUCAAAGGCAGUGCGAUUAUUAGUAUUUCUUCUAGUCGAAGCACCGUCCCUCAUUCUCAAUCCUCCAUUUUCUCUCACAAACUCAGAUCGGUAUAGACUUCAAACUUACAUUGAUGUUCUUAGAAACAGGCAAGGUUAUUCAAGAUCCCAGAGGAUGGCUCUUCUCAAGUGCAAGGAACAGCCAUAGAGUCAGUCAAACAUUUUUUAACCCGUCCUCCUGAUGACGUACCCUGUUUUAUUGUGUAAAAAUAUUUAUUUGUACAGUUAUUCUUUUGAGUAACAGGGGACUGGGGGUGUUAACCGGGGUCAAACGUACCCCGUUUGGAUGUUGUAAUAUUCUCAUUUCUGCUAUGAAAGAAUGAUAAAUGGUUAGAUGUGCUA